CCUGGGCAGUUUGCUGGAUCUCUCACCUGAACUCACUCAGGCUUACUCAAGCAUUGAAUUCGGAUGAUGGCUGGAUGAUCCAAAGUGGCUUAACUCACGUAUCUGUAGUAAUUCACAGAGAUCCUACCUGGGAUAGGAUUUAGUCUCCCCAUACUUCUGAACCAAUGAAGAGAAAAUGGGAAGCAAGGCUGAAGCAAAUUGAAGAACGAGCAUCCCAUUAUGAGAGGGAACCAUUGUCCUUGGUAUACAGACCAAGAUUGUCUAAGCCAGAAGAACCACCAUCCAUUUGGAAACUAUUUCAUCGGCAAACUGAAGCUUUUAAUUUUGUUAAAAGUUGUAAAGAGGACGUUCAUGUAUUUGCUUUGGAAUACAAAGUGGGCGAUGGACAACGUAUUUACCUCGUAACAACGUAUACUCAACUUUGGUUUUACUAUAAAUCCCGAAGAAAUCUCUUACACUGCUGUGAAGUCAUUCCUGAAAAUGCUGUGUGCAAGCUUUAUUUUGAUUUGGAAUUUAACAGACUUGCCAAUCCAGGAGCUGAUGGGAAAAAGAUGGUUGCAUUACUCAUUGAGCAUGUUUGUAGAGCACUUCAACAGUUUUACAGGGUUAGUUGUUCAGCUGAAGAUGUUCUCAACUUGGAUUCUAGCACCAAUGAAAAAUUUAGCCGCCAUUUAAUAUUUCAACUCCAUGAUGUGGCAUUUAAAGAUAAUAUUCAUGUUGGUAAUUUUGUGAGAAAAAUGUUAGAGCCUGCUUUUCACUUAAUUGCUAGUGAAGAUGAUGAUAUGACUCCAGAGACAAUGGGCCAUGAAUUUUCCCAUUUUUCUGAAACACCAGUUAAACAAGGAAUUUCCUUUAGCAAAAAGUCCACAGAUAAGGAUAUGGGAGAGAGCUGGACAACGAAUUCAAAGAAACUGGAGAGGCUGGAGUCAGCUAAGCAAAGCAGUCCUGAUCUUUCAUUUUUAAUUGUGAAGAAUAACGUAGGAGAAAAGCAUCUUUUUGUAGAUCUAGGAGUUUAUACAAGAAAUAGAAACUUUCGACUGUAUAAAUCAUCAAAAAUAGGAAAGUAUGUGCCUUUGGAGGUUGCUGAAGAUAACAAAUUUUAUCCUGUACAAUCGGAGAAUAUUUCCAAAGAAAAUCAAUAUUUCCUCUCUGCUUUGGUCAGCAAUGUCAGAUUCUCAGAUACUUUACGAAUUCUGACAUAUGACAUGUCUCAAAAUAAACAACGAGUUGAGAAUUUUAACCAUACCAGUACUUCAGAAGGAAGGCCAACUACAGAGAGACUAAAGCUACAAUUGGCAAAGAAGGAGCAGCUACUUACAUUAGACAAGAUAGUAGAAACCAUUGAAGGUUUUCAGUGUUCACCUUACCCUGAAAUUGAUCAAUUUGUUCUCUUGUUGGUGAAUAAAAAUGGCAUUAAAGGAGGAAUUCGGCGCUGGAACUACUUUUUCCCAGAAGAAUUAUUGGUUUAUGAUAUUUGUAAAUACCGCUGGUGUGAAAACAUUGGAAGAGCCCACAAGAGUAAUAAUAUCAUGAUUUUGGUUGACCUGAAAAAUGAAGUUUGGUAUCAAAAAUGUCAUGACCCUAUAUGUAAAGCAGAAAACUUCAAAUCUGACUGUUUCCCAUUACCUGCUGAAGUGCGUCUCCUGUUUCUUCUCAAAGAGGAAGAGGAGUUUACAACAGAUGAAACAAGGGACAGUGAAACCAAGAAUCCUCAUGAACCGUCAUCUAGUGCAUCGUCAAAAGGCCAAGAAACAAAGGGAAGGGGAUUUAAGGAAGAAGGAAAAGUAAACAUAAAAGCACAGGGGUGUAAAACAGCCCGGCCCGUUCGACGUACGGGAAGCAGAGUACAGAGCGAGUGUCUUGCUAAAGAGAAGCUAACACUAUGGAAGAAGCCCAAGGCCAGGGCUGGGGAGGCUCCGAGGCGGCCAGAAGCGUCCUGCUCAGACUUGCCUGUGCUCGGCUGCCGCACCAGGGCGACCCUCGCGUGGCAGCCACUGCUGCCCGGCCUUCCCUUCAGAGCUGCCCACCACCUGGGGUCGGCCAGAGCUGUGAGAGCUGCGCUGCAGUCUGGGGCCAUCUCUGCUCAAUCCGGAUUCUUCCACCUGUAACUUUC